UCACAUUAUAAACGUUUUACGAGAGCAAUAUUGUUUUGCGCAUUACGUGAGAUAUAUAUAAUUAACUAGAUUAAUUAUUGUAAAAAAUUUCACGUUAAAAUAAAAUAACAAUCAUAUUCGUUUAUGUCUUAUACAUCUCAUCAUUUAUACCUAUCCAUUCAAAAAGAUAAAUUUAUUACUGGAUGAUUCGUUACAUCUCAAAGUUAUAAAAGGUUAUUUUACUAGGUAAUAUUGUUAGUUUAUAAAUAUCUUAUUGCAAUGGAUGAUCAAGCUUGUCCAAGAUGCAAAACUACAAAAUAUCGAAAUCCAUCAUUAAAAAUGAUGGUAAAUGUUUGUGGACAUACCUUAUGCGAGAACUGUGUAGAUCUAUUAUUUUUAAAAGGUUCUGGAUCCUGCCCAGAAUGUCACAUUCCACUACGCAGAACUAAUUUUCGAGUUCAAAUGUUUGAAGAUCCUAUGGUAGAGAAAGAAGUAAAUAUCAGAAAAAAAAUACUUAGGGAUUUUAACAAAAAGGAAGAAGAUUUUGCUACAUUACGCGAAUAUAAUGAUUAUUUAGAAGAAGUGGAAAACAUAAUAUAUAAUUUAGCCAAUGAUAUUGAUGUUGUUGAAACAAAUAAGAAAAUAGAUCAAUAUAAAAAAGAUAACAAGGAUCAAAUAAAUAAGAGCAAAUCUAAACUUGGUAGAAAAGAAUAUGAAUUAGAAGAACUAUUAGAAUUAGAAAAGCAGCAAGAAGAAGAAAGACGGCUAGAGCUUGCUAGAGAAGAAAUGGAAGCAAAGAAAAAGAAAAUCAGAGAUAAAGAAGCUUUAAUAGAUGAACUUACAUUCUCUGAAGGCAAUGCAAAAAGUAUUGUUGAUACAUUUGCAUCAGCAAUACAGAAUUCCAAGAAAGAAGCAAAGACUGCUUCUCCAAAAGCUACUCAAUUUAGUACAGGAAUAAAGUUUGGAAAACAAGGAACACAAAACUACUUACAAAUUCCAAAAGUAGAAGAAGGACCAAUGUUUACAUAUAUUCCUCUUAGACAACAAACAGAAGGUCCAGCUGUUCCUACUUGGCGUGAAAUUCAAACUCGAGGAUACAUAUCACAUGUUCGUGCAGAAACAAAAGCAGAAAGAGCAGGAGGAUUUAAAGCACAUGUUGCAUGUUUAAGAGCAUUACAAGAAGCUAUGGCUAGUUUAUAUCACAAUCCUUCACAACAUACAACAGAGUUUACAACAGUUUGAUUCUAAGUAUUAUUGUAACAUUUUGUGAUAUUUUCUUUUUACGUGAUACAUGCAAAACCAUAAUCCAAAGUCUAUGAUUGACUCCCAACUGUAGAACAUUAUUAAAGAUAAACGUACAAAUACAUUUAAACUAUGUGCCAAAAGCUGUAAGUGCCUCUGUUCCAUAGGUAUCGCCUUUAUACUAACUGCUAUAGUUAACAAAUGAUAUCAAUAAUUUUAAAGAACAUAAAGUGUUUGCAAUCUCAUUAUUUUCUUUUCGAUAUAUGUAAAUGUUUGUCUCAGUAAGUUAAUGUAGAUAUAGUUAUAUAGUUAUAAGUAUUUAAAAAAAAAUUAAUCUAUGUGUAUAUUGUGUUCAUUGAAUUUUGAUAUAGGAGAAAAAAUAGUCCAAUAAAUUAUUGUAAUUUAGAAAUUAAUCUAUCAAAAGGAAGAAAUAAUAUAUUUUAUAUUAUAAAAUUAUUAUAUCAUUAAAUUAUCUCUCUGAGAAAGGAUGGAAACAUGAUGUCAUCAGAGAUAUAUUUUGUGUGUAUACAUUUGAAUCAAUCCCCUUGAAUAUGGUAAUACAAAAAACGUUAGAAAUAAAAGUUAAAUGAUUUCAAGGGAAACAUAAUGUGAUGCAUAGAGAACAUAUAAAGAUUAACUGUUUCUUAUAUGUUUUUGAUUGUAUUAGUCAAUGCAGUUUGUCAUUUUUUAUAAAAAUGUAUUAAUCUAUGUUAAUAUAGAAAAAGUCCAGAAAAUAGAAAAAGUCCAAAAUAUAGAAAUUAGUUCAGAAAAUAUUUUAAUUUAAAUAUUACUCUCUGUAAGAAAUCAUCACUCUCCUAUGAAAACUAAAUUAGUACUUUUACUAGAUUUUAGUAAAUACCAUAAGUAGGUUUUUCAUUUAUACAUGAUAAACAUACUUUGGAAAAUUAAAAUAUUUAUGUAUAAAACAUGUACUAAAUUAUUCUUCUUCUAAAUGUGAAUAAAAUAGUGGUA